GGGAGGAAGGCGUUGAUGAACGGCUGGGUCUGGAGCUCUGGGAGGGGCCGCGUUCCUGCUGACGCUGCAGCCCCGCGCCUGUCCCUUCCCUUCCUCCCCUGCCCCUUCCCUUCCUUUCCCUUCCCUUCCCUUCCCUUCCCUUCCCUUCCCUUCCCUUCCCUUCCCUUCCUUUCCUUUCCUUUCCCUUUCCUUUCCGUUCCCUUCCCUUCCUUUCCCUUUUCCCUUCCUUUCCCUUUUCCCUUCCCUUCCCUUCCCUUCCUUUCCCUUCCUUUCCCUUCCCUUUCCUUUUCCAUUUCUUCCCCUUCCCUUUCCCCUUCCCUCCUUUCCCUUUCCCUUUUCUUCCCUUCCCUUUCCAUUUUAUUUCUUCCUCCUUUUGCUCCCUUUGUUUUUUCUUUUUUCUUUCUGUUUCUUCAGGACGGCCCUGCUUCCCAAUUUGUCGGGGUGAACGCGUCCGAUAUCAACUACUCGGCCGGCCGCUACGACCCUUCUGUCCGGCCCCCGUUUGACAUCGGCUUUGAAGGCGUGGGCGAGGUGGUGGCCCUGGGCCUCUCUGCCAGCGCCAGGUUUGCGGUGGGCCAACCCGUGGCCUACCUGAGCCCCGGCUCCUUUGCCGAGUACACGGUGGUACCCGCCAGCACCGCCAGCACCGCCACCCCAGUGCCGGACGUGCGGCCCGAGACUCUGCCUCUGCUGCUGAGCGGGGCCACGGCCUACAUCAGCCUGGAGCGGCUGGGGCAGCUGUCGGAGGGCAAGAAGGUGCUGGUGACGGCGGCCGCUGGGGGCACCGGCCAGUUCGCGGUGCAGCUGGCCAAGAGGGCCAAGUGCCACGUCAUCGGGACCUGCUCUUCGGAGGAGAAGUGUGCGUUCCUGCGGUCGCUGGGCUGCGACCGGCCCAUCAACUACCGGGCAGAGCCGCUGGCCGACGUGCUGAAGCGGGAGUACCCCUCGGGCGUGGACGUGGUGUACGAGUCCGUGGGCGGGCCCGUGUUCGACGUGGCGGUGGACGCCCUGGCUCCCCACGGCCGGCUGCUGGUGAUCGGCUUCAUCUCCGGCUACCAGAGCACCUCGGGCCUGUCUCCCGUGAAGGCGGGCGCCCUGCCCGCCAAGCUGCUGCGGAAGUCGGCCAGCAUCCACGGCUUCUUCCUGAACCACUACCUGUCCGAGUACCGGGCGGCCGUGGACCACCUGCUCCAGCUGAGUGCCCGCGGGGACCUGGCCUGCCAGGUGGACCUGGGGGAGGUGGACCCCAAGGGCAAGUUCCUCGGCCUGGAGUCGGUGUUCCGGGCCGUCGAUUACAUGUACACGGGGAAAAACACGGGGAAAAUUGUCGUGGAAUUACCUGCCUCUGUCGGCAGCAGCAAGCUGUAAAAGCCAGCGGUGGCGUAAAUCAGAGGGGCAGGAAGCCGCGGUGCAGGCCCCAGGAUUUCUCAAAUCAAUGUCUCCUUAGUUGGAAAUGGUUGCGCUCUUCCUUAAAACAGGAGUAAAGCACUAAUGAAUAGG